UGCACCAAAGCGCAAGCGCAUAGCUAACCCGACCCAAAACCUCCCGAGUUCCCUAGUCUCCCGGCCGGCCGAUACCACCCCCGGGAUCUACUUCUAUGUUGCGCCGCACCGUCUUCGGCCUCGCCAGAAGCGCCACGACCGCCAUGACUCCCUUGACCGCCUUCCGACCACUCUCCACCACCAGUAUCAUCAUGUCUUCGUCGACCGUGACGUCCGAAUCCCCUUCCACUACCCCACUGGAGGAUGCGAUUCGUGAAAAGAUCACAACCCACCUAACCCCCCGCACCCUCCAAAUCCACAACGACUCGCACCUACACGCCCACCACUCCGCCAUGCGCGGCGUCACGUCGCGCGAGACGCACUUCCGGGUGGUGAUCUCGUCGGACGCCUUCAAGGGAAAAAUGCAGCCGGCCCGUCAUCGAUUGGUUUACGGAUUGCUCAAGGACGAGAUGGCGAAGGAGGGCGGGAUCCAUGCGUUGCAGUUGAGGACGAUGACGUUGGAGGAGGAGGAUAAGAGGAGGGAAAAGGAGGAGGGGGAGGAGAGGGCGAGGACUUGUAAGGACUGAGAACUGAGGGGGAGGAGGGGAUGGGGUGGGGAUGGUUGGAAAGGAGAGGGUGGGGGGAGUAGGAUGGUUGGAGGAUAUGGGGGUUGAAGGAACGGGGGGGAUAGCAAGAGAGUGAUGUGGUUGUUGGUUAUUCUGCCAGCUGGAUAUCGGAUUUGUGGAGGACGGAAUUUAAAAUAGACAAGGGAAAGGGGCAAGGAGGAAGCAAGAGGAGGAAAAGAACGAAUGAUACCCAUGAACCUAAUAAGCGCAACAAUGUUGGACUGAAGCAUUGCUAAACCCGUACUGAAGUGCCAAUUUGUCACGAUAAUAGUCAUGAAGAACAUGUUGAAGGUAAGUCGUAGUUCAAGCCACGAAGUUCGCUCGCUGUCUCUUUCUUUUCGCUGUCCUAUGUAAAAACCCAAAAGAUACGCCAAGUAGAAAGCACAUCGUGGUUUUGUAAACCCUGCCUAAUCGCUCCGUCCCCCCAUCAUCACAAAGUUAGAUAA